GUCAAUUUACACAUCUCAGGUGACCACCAAGUCUUCAUUAUAUCCUCCACUAUGGACUCUAAAAAGCCCAGCAACAAGAUCACAGAUAUAGUUAGACUACAGCAACUUCUGAAGAAAUGGAAGAAGCUUGCUAUUACACCAAAGAGCAACAGCAAGAGCAUCAAAUUUCUUAAGAGAAGUCUCUCCCUUUCAAAAACUUCUUCAGCGCUGUACAACAGCGUGCCGAAGGGGUUUCUUGCAUUGUGCGUUGGAGAAGAGAUGAAGAAGUUCGUGAUCCCAAUGGAGUAUUUGAGCCAUAAAGCCUUCACAAUUCUUCUGAGAGAAGCAGAGGAAGAGUUUGGCUUCGUGCACGAAGGUUGCCUUAGGAUUCCAUCUGAUGUAUCCGUGUUUGAGAGUAUACUUGAGAUGGUGGAGAAGGAGAAGGGAGGGUUCUGCUGUAGCUCUGUUGAGGCUGAGUUCAGUCUAUCUUAUCACCAUCAAGAGCCAAUGUGCAGAUAAUCAUAAAAUUUCUCCUUUAUUUUCCUUUCCCAUAAAGACAAUUUUUCCCCU